AUGGGAAAAGAAAAGGAGAAGAAGCAAGAGUUGAUCAAGAACCCGAAAGGGACACGAGAUUGGGCCGGGGAAGACGUCGACCUCCUGGAAGACAUCCUCGCGCAAAUAUCUCGUGUCUUCCGCCGUCACGGGGGCAAGAAGCUCGACACCCCGGUGUUUGAGCGGGAAGAAGUAUUGAAGGGCAAAUAUGGCGAGGACUCCAAGCUCAUCUAUGACCUGAAAGAUCAAGGAGGCGAACUACUGUCGUUGCGCUAUGAUCUGACCGUGCCAUUCGCCCGGUGGUUGGCCAUGAACGCAAAUAUCAAGAACUACAAAAGGUUCGCCAUAAGUAAGGUGUACCGAAGAGACCAACCUGCGAUCGCCAAAGGACGCAUGCGGGAAUUCUACCAGUGCGAUAUCGAUUUUGCAGGAGCCAGUGAUCCCAUGAUCGCCGAUAGCGAGGUCAUCGCGAUCAUCGUCGAGGUCUUUGAGUCGUUGGAGUGGAGUGGCCGAUAUACCAUCAAGCUCAACGACCGCAGGAUACUCGACGGUCUCUUCGAAGUAUGCGGCGUGCCCGAAGAGAAGAUCAGGAUGAUAUCAAGUGCGGUGGACAAACUGGACAAGUCGCCUUGGGAUGAGGUGAAGAAAGAGAUGGUGGAGACGAAAGGUCUCGACGAAGCCGUGGCUGACAAGAUCCAAACCUACGUGACCCGGAAGGGCGGGAAGGAUCUACUCGAAGAGCUGCAGAAAGACGAGGCCCUGAUGAACAACGCCAAGGCGAAGAAGGGCAUUGACGAAAUGGAGAUUCUGAUGGACUACCUUUCGGCGUGGGGGGCGCUGGACAAGAUCUCGUUUGACCUGUCACUCGCUCGUGGGCUGGACUACUACACCGGUAUUAUCUACGAGGUCGUCACGGAAGGGUCUGCACCUGUGAUCGCCAACGGCAGCGACGUUGCCCAAGAAGUCCAGAAGAAGGGCAAGAAGGAGAAAAAAGUGCUCGAUGAAGACGAGGACCGUUCCAAUGAUCCAUCGGUGGGUAUCGGGUCGGUCGCUGCUGGUGGCCGGUAUGACCACCUCGUCGAACGGUUUCGAUCCAACGCGGACCUGCCAUGCGUUGGUGUGAGCUUCGGGGUCGAUCGCAUCUUCAGCAUCACGAAAGCGAGGAUUGCCAAAGGCGAAACCUUCAGCUACAUUUCGUCCAAUGCGCCCGAUGUCUAUGUCAUGGCUUUUGGAGGCGGCGGUUUCGAUGGCAUGGCCAAGCAGCGGAUCGAGGUGACGAAAGUGCUGUUGGAUGCAGGUCUCAAAGUGGAAUUUACGUACAAGAAAAAGCCCAAGCCACAAGUCCAAUUCAAAAACGCAGAGCAAGCAGGCUCCCCGUUUGCAGUCAUCCUCGGUGAGGAUGAGCAAGCGAAAGGAGAAGUCCGGGUAAAGGAAAUGGGCUUGCCGGAAGGACAUCCUGAGAAAGAGGGAGUGCUUGUCAAAAUCACCGAUCUGGCAGCCGAAGUGACGAGACGAGUUGAAAUGAAGAAACUAACUACCAACACCGGGCGCAUAGCCGUUAGCUGA